AUGGAGGGCGUCACGGUGGGACAGGUUUUUGACGCCGAGUGCAUCCUGAGCAAACGGCCCAGAAAGGGGAAGUUCGAAUACCUGGUGAAGUGGCGCGGAUGGUCCUCCAAACACAACAGCUGGGAGCCAGAGGAGAACAUUCUGGACCCCAGACUCUUGGCUGCGUUUCACAAAAGGGAGCAGGAGAGAGAGGAGCUGCUGCAGCAGAAGGGGAAGAGACCCAGGGGACGACCGCGCAAGAACUUUCCUCCCGUGGUCACCCUCCCCUCAGACCCCCCCUCCUCUUCCUCUGCUCUCUCCUCAUCGUACUCUUCCUCAGAUGAAGAACGUCGACCAAAGAAGUCUUCUCGCUCUCACCGGCCACUACCUGUGCCGCGAACACGCCCCCAAAUCCUGCUCAAGACUGACCACUCCCACCGGACCAGGAAGCGAGGCCGAAAACCCCUCCCCCCCGAGCUGAGAGCAAGACCUCGCAGCCCCCCCACUCCCCCAAGCACACGCCUGACCCCGCGGCCGCACAGGGAGACACCUGUGAAGAAGCCUCUGCAGCCGGCCAGCUUCACUUACACAGGGAUGAACCGCCGGGACGACCAGCCCUCCUCAGCCACAAGCCCCGCCCCUAAGCAGAGCGCCACCAGCGGAGCCUGGACCAGCAAGACCAGCACAAGCAACAAGACCAGCACAAGUCCGCAGACCAAGAACAAGGAGAAGAGUGGUGCGCCGAGAGUCGAGGCCAGUGGUCUCUCCAGUGGAGCUCUGAAGAUGGCGUUUGGAUCCUCGGUCCAAAGGAAUCUAUUGAAGUCUCAGAAUGGAGCCAAGAACCAGACACUGAGUCUAAGAGCUCUGAACCUGCAGGGGACCAGCAAUGUCUCCAAAGGUCAGCGUGCAGAGUCGGUGAACGACCUGAGUGAGGGAGAGGAGUCUGACUCGGACGACAGUUCCAGUGAUUCUGACAACAGCGGAGACUCGGACAACAGCCAGAGCCUACAGACUGCUAACACUGUUAACGCAGCUAACAGCGCUAACCCUAAAACGCUGUUCCCUGCAGAGGCUCGGCCUAGUCUGGGGGCACACGUGGACUCUGACUCAGAGGGAGAGGACUGGAGACCGUCCAGAAACGUUUUGGAGCAUGUGUUUGUCACCGACGUCACCGCUAACUGCAUCACCGUGACUGUGAAGGAGUCACCCACCAGUGUGGGCUUCUUCAGCAGCUAG